CUCCGAAGGAGAAUUGGGGAUUUUGAAGAGCCCGAAGGAUUCUACGAAGCCGAGAAAGAACCCAGCUUUGUCGAAUACACAUUACAAAAUGGUUCAAAGCUGAAUCUACGUCUGGUCGGGCAUAAUCCUCUAUGGGGCCAUUUUCUCUGGAACGCUGGCCGUACCGUCGCACUACACUUUGAAACGAACCCUCAACUUGUCAAGUCCAAGACUGUUCUGGAGUUAGGCGCGGGUGCCGGUCUUCCUUCUCUUGUCUCCGCACACCUUUCCGCCAAGCGCGUCGUUGUCACCGAUUAUCCUGAUGCUGAUCUGAUUACCAACCUCUCUUACAACAUUGAAGCUUGUGCUCCGACAUUACCCAUCGUCGCCAAAGGAUAUCUUUGGGGUGCCGAUACUUCUACGCUUGUUGGAGAAGUGAAGCCAGAUGAGGCCUUCGACGUCUUGAUUCUUGCUGAUCUGUUAUUCAAUCACUCCGAGCACGGAAAGCUACUUCAGACCGUCAAGAAAUCUUUGAAGAAAGACGGUACCGCGCUAGUGUUUUUCACGCCAUACAGACCUUGGUUGCUGGAAAAAGACCUGGCUUUCUUCGAUCUGGCAAAGGAGAAUGGAUUGAUUGCCGACAAGGUUUUGGAAAAGGUUAUGGACAAGGUCAUGUUCGAAGAAGACCCAGGUGACGAACUUCUGCGUCGUACGGUCUUCGGCUACGAGCUGAGAUGGGCU